AUGGUGCAAGGAUCAUUGAAAAAGGCCACUCCUACCGGCCCAGGCAGGAAGCCCUCGAAGACAACAAGACCGGGCGUCCGCUCCGUCGCACCCAAGAAAGCCGGCCUGAUCAAGCAGAAGAAAUUGACCAAGAAACUCACGUCCGGCCUCGUCUCAAUGACAGAACGCAGUCUGGCGACAAAGGCAGGACAUCUCGAGCUGCUGGCUGGUGGAAAGAAGGAUCGUCUGCAGAAGGAGCGGAAUGCGGCUCGCAAGGAUGGGACUUUGAAGUCUGGUCCUAAGAAGGCGACUUGA